UACCUAGUACCUACCUACUGGGCACUGGCUAGUCUCAAAUCUCAAUCCCGAUUUCUCUUUCAUUAUCAUUUAUAACUAGUAUUUAUUAAUUUAUUAUUUAGUAUUUAGUAAGUGCUGUACUGGCCAAACCGCCUCUCUCUAUUCUAAGCAAUGAUAUCAAAACAGAACUGUGAAAUUGACCUAUAAUCUUGACAUCUAUUCUUGAAGUUCUCAUCAAAAGGAAUGAGUUAGAGUGUUGGACCUGAUACACAAAGUUAUCAAUGUCUGUAUCAAAAUACUUUGCUGAACAACAAGAACCUGAAACUGAAGAUUUAGUUGAUUGUUUUAUAAACUUAGAAAAUGAUCUUGUAUCUCAGUUAAAAAAAUUAAAUUAUGGUCCAAAUGUUGAAUAUAUCUAUAGUCCAUUAGAUUAUGCUUUCAAUUUACACAAGAUAUUUUUAAAAAAGUUUUUACUUACAAACAAAAAAGUAUUAUUCUUAGGUAUCAACCCAGGACCUUGGGGAAUGUGUCAAACUGGUAUACCAUUUGGUGAAGUUAAUAUUGUCAGAAGUUAUUUACAAGUAGAUGGAAAAGUAUUAACGCCCAAAAAUUAUCAUCCUCAAAGACCAAUUACUGGUCUUAAUUGUCAUAGAAGUGAAGUGAGUGGUAAAAGAUUAUGGGACCUUUUUAUUGAACUCAGUGAAGGCAAUCCAUAUAAGUUUUUCAAAAAUUGCUUUAUUCAUAACUAUUUUCCUUUGGCAUUAAUGAACAAAAGUGCUAAAAAUAUCACACCAGGCGAUUUAAAGAGUGAAUACCAAAAAAAAUUACAAGAAAUCUGUGACAAAUCGUUAAGUGAUAUAGUUACUUUACUUCAUACUGAUACCAUUGUUGCUAUUGGAAAAUAUGCUGAAAAAAGGUCUAAUGAAGUUGUCAAGAAGUAUAAAUUAAAUAAUAUUAAGGUUGUACAAAUUCCUCAUCCCAGUCCACGCAGUGUUGGCACAGCAGAGAAAUGGAAAAAUGAAACACUAAAUCAACUCAAAUCAUACCAUAUUCUCCAGUUGUUCAAAUAAAAAUGGACUGGAGUACUCAUAUGA